GAUCUGCACAAACCGUAAUACUCAUAUCUCGCUGACAUCUUUUCCGAUUUACAAAUUGUUUGGUUUCUUACGAACGUUAUGAACGUGGUUAUAAUUCCAGAUGCUUGAAUACGUCUUGGACAAACGAGUUAAGCGUGCAGCUUUUUUAGCUGGGCAAACUUGUUCUUUCUUUUCAACAUCAUUUAAAUUGCUCAUGAUUUAUAAUUGGGUUGGUCUGUUAAAAACAUCUUCCAUCAUGAUUUCUAUAGAGAUUUGCUGACUAUUUCCAGUGAAGAUGCCAGGCUUUUGUGCAGCCUACGGAUGCUCUAAUCACCGUUGUCUCGAAACGAGAACCCAAGGGAUCACCUUUCACCGGUUUCCCAAAACCGGAGAGCGGAGGAGGAAGUGGGAAGUCGCCCUGAGGAGGGACGGGUUUGCUGCCUCUGGCUGGACGCUGCUCUGCAGUGAGCACUUCAGGAGUGAGGACUUUGACCGGACGGGGCAGACUGUCCGCCUUAAAGAUGGUGUUGUGCCAACCAUUUUCAACUUUCCAGCUCAUGUUCAAAGGUCAGUAGCAACAACAAGCACAACCACUUCUAGCAGAGCGGCUGACAACCUGCCAGUGGACCUGCUGCCGGAUGUUGAAAUUGUUGACUCCUCACCAGUGAAGAUGCCAGACUUUUGUGCAGCCUACGGAUGUUCUAAUCGCCGCUGUCUGGAAACGAGAACCCGAGGGAUCACCUUUCACCGGUUUCCUAAAACCAGAGAGCGGAGGAGGAAGUGGGAAGUCGCCCUGAGGAGGGACGGGUUUGCUGCCUCUGUGAGGACAAUGCUCUGCAGUGAGCACUUCAGGAGUGAGGACUUUGACCGGACGGGGCAGACUGUCCGGCUUAAAGAUGGUGUUGUGCCAACCAUUUUCAACUUUCCAGCUCAUGUUCAAAGGUCAGUAGCAACAACAAGCACAACCACUUCUAGCAGAGCGGCUGACAACCUGCCAGUGGACCUGCUGCCGGAUGUUGCGCAGAAUCGGCCGUUGGCCGUCAGGAUGAGCUCCUCUGCAGGUCUGCGCACACAGCUAGCCGCCGUCAUGGAGUCGCUGGUCCACGCGGCGGUGGCACAGCUGAAGAAGCUGGUGGAGGACAGUUCUACCUUCCAGCUCCACCUGGAGAUCCGGACCGGAGAGGCCCCCCCUCGGCCCCACAGCCGGGAGAAGCUGGUGCAGUUUGCGUCCGUCAUGGAGACUCUGGGAAACGAGGCUCUGGGGAAGAUCAUGAAUGUGGUGGAUGAAGCCGAACUGUCACCGGAGCCUCCGUCGGGUCGGGGGGGCAGGAGACCCCAGACCAGUGUCCUCAACAUCCUCAACGGCGCACACGUCGAGGCGGAGCACUCGUACGGAGUCCAACCUGAGACCUCCGAUGCUCGACGGCCCACUCAGACCAAACCAGGGGACGAGGGGACAGACAACCUGUUGACCAACAGAGACAAACACGGCAUCAAAGAGACACUCAGAAAUAAAAAGCAAAUAAGAGGAUGUUUCAAAGCAGCUUCUGUUCGAACGACUGAUUCGUCCGUCACGGAGGUCCAGAACUCCGACAGUCACAAGUCCGCUCGGGCCGAGCCGACCGAGAACCCGCUUGUCCCGGCGGUGACGGUCAAAGACGAACAAGGCAACGUGGACCUGGGAGCCAUCGCUGAGCGAGCUCGAGUUGAGGCCACCGACCCGGCGACCUCUGACCUCCAGCAGCCGGGGUUCGCAGCGAGCGGUAAAGCGUUCACGUCUCCCAGCAAUCUGAAGCCGCUCGCCAGCGGGGUCUGCGGCCGAGCGUUUGCCCAACGGCAAAGUCUGCGGAGCCACGGCGAGCGUCCUCACCAGUGCCCGCAGUGCGGCAAGCACUUUGCCAAGGAGACGCAGCUAAAGACGCACGCCGUCCUGCACACGGGGGAGAAACCGCACGGCUGCGAGGUGUGCGGCCGGCGCUUCAACCUGCUGCAGAACCUGCAGCGCCACGCGCACGCGCACACCGCCAAGAAGGUCCACGUGUGCGGCGCCUGCGGCAAAAGCUUCACCCGCGCCGUCGCCCUGAAGACGCACCAGCUCGUCCACAGCGGGCUGAAGCCCUUCCAGUGCGAGCAGUGCCCCAAAGCCUUCCGCCACGCCGCCAACCUCAAGAACCACCAGAGGGUCCACAGCGGCCUGCGGCCCUUCGGCUGCGACGUCUGCGGGAAGACCUUCCGCCACUCGAUGAACCUGAAGAUGCACCAGAGGAUCCACACCGGCGAGCGGCCUUUCGGCUGCGACCGCUGCGGGAAGACCUUCUGCCAGUCGGUGAACCUGAAGAUCCACCAGAGGAUCCACACCGGCGAGCGGCCUUUCGGCUGCGAGAUCUGCGGGAAGACCUUCCGCCAGUCGGUGAACCUGAAGAUCCACCAGAGGAUCCACACCGGCGAGCGGCCUUUCGGCUGCCACGAGUGCGGCAAGACGUUCAACCAGCAGAGCAGCCUGAACACUCACAGGCGCACGCACUCUGCCGAGCGGCCCUUCGCCUGCAGCUUUUGCGACAAGAGGUUCAGCAUCGCCAACAGCCUGAAGCUGCACCUGCGCGUGCACACCGGGGAGAAGCCGUACUCCUGCGACGUGUGCGGCAAGACCUUCAGCCAGGGAAGCCACCUGAAGACGCACAAGACACGCGUGCACGCCGGCGGCAAGCAGUACAUCUGUGACAAGUGCGGGAAGAGGUACUCAGACCAGCGCAACCUGAAGCUGCACAAGUGCGGCUACGCGUGAGCGUUAAAUGGGACGUUUUCUCGUUGGGGUUUGGUGCAGUCGGUGAGGAGACAGGAAGCGGACGCGCUUUUUUAAAUACUACACUACCCAUGAGCCUCUUGGUUAUGAAAAAGGAUCAAGUGAUGUCACCUGACACAAGCUGGAACAAUGUUUUCUGAUUGGUCGGAACUGCGUCGUAGUUCUGAAAUCGUCUGUACCUUCGUUACAUUGAUGGUUUUAUCAUUUUAAAAAGAUAUUUUUUUAUUUGUUGCAAAAUAAAUUAAUUCAACCUA